AUUGAAGAGGAUAUUGGCCGAUUGUGUGAGGAGUUGAAAAGUGUUACACUACCACAAUUAGACGAUCAUAAUAUGUCGCUCGCAAUGCUGAUGGAUAAGGCAACUACUGUAAAGGAAGAGCUUGUCGAAGAACUUGCGGUUGCAUACGAGCUGUUGGCCUCUCAAAUAAGCAGAAAGGGCGAUAUGGGCUUCAGCUUGCUGAAACAAAUGGAGGAAAGGGCAAAGCAAAAUGUAAACGGUCAAAUCGAGGCCCUUGAUUUACUCAUAGCAAAAAUAGAGUCGUUCUCUUCAGCCUCUACUGACAAAAUCGAAAAAGGGGACUUGGAGGAGUUGAUGGAAUUGGACAAGGAGAUAUCCCAUCUCCAGGCCGAUGUGGAGAAGUUUCAAUCGGAAACAAAAAAUUUGGAUCCGAGUCAGAAUGCUGUGUCUUUGGAAAGUGUCAAAGUGAACCCAGCUUACAAAAAGGUUAGCUUCUUAGUUUAG